AUGAGUCUCGUUGUCAUUCAACGUUCCCUGGUGGGUAUGGGAAUGAUAGUGGGACAGCGCGUGUUUCACUCGAGAAAGAGAUGCGCGGGUCAAAGGCUCUAUCAAUCCCCAACUUUCAUCCCUACAUCUCUUUGGCAGAGUUUGCCAGCUCAUUCAGCCAAAUCUACCGCGCGGAGGAACGCUAUCUUCAACUCGAAUAAUAAGGACUAUAGGCUCGGUCCCAUCAGAGUGGACUGGAUGGACCUUGACGCGUCUGCAAGAGCAAACGAGAGUGGCGUCACCGGAAAGACCGGUCCAGCUACUGCAACAUUCGUACCACAUCCGCCGUCAGCACGGUCUCGAACGGGGUCGACGAAUCUUCCUGAAGGCAUCGUGCACAUCUAUCGUGACUCCGGCUCUCGAGGUAUAGGCAAGGCUACCAAUGGCGCUGAAGCAUCGACUUCGCCCAGGAAUGAGUCUGUAUUGGCCCAUAUGGAUCAUAAAAGCGAGAUUGUUCCCAUCGACGAAGACGGAGUUGUACUCAGCGUGCUUGCUGUGCCAUCUUGGAUGACACCUUCGGAUUUCCUCGCAUUUGUGGCCCCUGCUGCACAAGGGAUGUCACAUAUCCGGAUGAUAAGAGAUACUGCUCCGAAUCGGUCGAUUGUCCUGAUUAAAUUUAGACAAGUAGAGGACGCAGCAGAGUUCAUUGAAGCUUACAAUGGGCGACCGUUCAACUCGAUGGAGCCCGAAAGCUGUCAUGUCGUACAAGUCGCCUCGUUGAGCAUCGACCCGGAAGACUCGCUUUCUUUGCAGAUCACGCGCUUUGGUUCUCCUCAGUCUAACUUACAGGAAUUGCCGACAUGCCCAGUAUGCCUCGAGCGUAUGGACUCUGGUAUAACCGGGCUGGUGACUGUUCCAUGCUCGCACACGUUUCACUGCAUGUGUCUCAGCAAAUGGGGAGAUAGUCGCUGUCCCGUUUGCCGUUACUCCCAGACUCACCAUAAUUCACCCCCAACAUCAACAUCACGUUCUCUCCCCACCGCGCCAUCUACCUCGACCGGUUCCACUCUCUCCACAUGCGCCUCCUGUAACUCGACGACAAAUCUGUGGAUCUGUCUCAUCUGCGGAAAUAUCGGUUGCGGACGUUAUGGCCGUGCCCAUGCUCAAGCUCAUUACGAGCUCACGACCCAUCUCUACGCCCUCGAGCUCGAAACGCAGCGGGUCUGGGACUACGCAGGGGAUGGCUACGUCCAUCGACUGAUCCGAAACAAAGCGGAUGGGAAGGUAGUGGAGUUACCUUCCGCGUCGAUGUCCUCACACGCGAGAGGAGAGGGCAGGGGAGGAGGUCCGAGUGAGGAGGAUAGGCUGAGCGCGGAGAAGAUUGAAGCCAUCGGAAUUGAGUAUUCGUAUUUGCUGACGUCGCAGCUAGACUCGCAGAGGGCUUAUUACGAGGAGCAGGCGGAUACACUGAGGGCUGAGGUGCAGGGGCUGAAGGCUCUUGUAAAUCAGAUGGCACAAGACGUUCAGGCAGCACGGGAAGAGGGAAGGGAGAGGGAGGAGGCUAGGAGGAAGGAGGAGGAAGAAGCAAGGAGGGACAAGAUUCGGGCUGAGAAACGAGCGGAGAAGAUGAGCGAGAUUGCCCGGGGAUUGGAGAGGGAGUUGAGAGAAGAGCGAGCGGUCAGUGAGGGCCUCAUGAAGAAUUUGGAGAAAGCGAGGGAGAAGGCGAAGGCCAAUGAGACGGAGGAAGAGAAGUGGAAGGAGAGGGUGAAGGAGCUUGAAGACCAGGUUAGGGAUGUCAUGUUCUUCUUAGAGGCAAGGACGAAGAUUGAGGCUGGUGAGGGUCCGGAGAGCGAGGCUGCUGGAGGUUCUGUGGAGUUGCCGACACCGUCACCCGUAUCUACUCCGAAAAAGAAGAAGAAUACGAAAAAAUGAUGUGUCCG